AUGCCUCUCUCGACCGACGACAAGACCAAUGAGACCGCUGCCGCCUUGGUCAAGACAUUACAAGGAGCGUUCCACACCCCACCAGGCUUCAGACCCGCCCAUGCUCGAGGAAUUCUCCUCAAUGGCACAUUCACCCCCAGCUCGGAGGCAGGCUCUCUGAGCUCGGCGCAUCACUUCACCGCCAGCUCGACACCCAUCAUCGUGCGAUUCUCCAAUUCCACGGGCAUCCCACAGAUCCCCGACAACGCCGGCGACGCGAAUCCGCGAGGCAUCGCCGUGCGUUUCGUCCUGCCCGACAAGAACGGGCGCCGCCAACACACCGACAUCAUCGCCCACUCGACGCCGUUCUUCCCCGUCCGCACCGGCGAAGACUUUCUCGAACUCCUGGGGGCCAUCGGCGCGUCUUCCGCCCCGAACGCCCCCAAACCGUCGCCCAUUGAAGUCUACCUCGGCAAGACGCCCUCGGCGGCGGCGUUUGUCAGCGCGCCAAAGCCCACGCCAGCGAGCUUCGCCACGGAGAAGUAUUUCGGGCUCAACGCCUUCAAGCUCGUUGCGUCGGACGGUACCGGCACUUUUGUGCGGUACCGCAUCACCCCAGACGCCGGCGAGUCGCAUCUGACGGACGAGGAGGCCAAGGCCAAGGACCCGGCAUUCCUGCACAACGAGAUCCAAACCCGCAUUAUCGACGGCGGCGCAUCCUUCACCCUGUGGGCCCAGGUCGCUGAGGAGGGCGACCCGACCAACGACGUGACCAUCCACUGGCCCGAGUCGCGCAAGCUGGUCCCGCUGGGCACCAUCAAGCUCGAGGCCGUGGCCGACGACAACGACGAGAAGCAGCGCACCAUCAUCUUCGACCCGGUGCCUCGCAUCGACGGCGUGCAGGCCAGUGACGACCCCAUCAUCGACAUGCGAGCCAGCGUCUAUCUCAUCUCCGGCCGCGAGAGGAGAGCCGCCGGUCCCCACCACUGA